AUGAGAGAAAGUGGUGUUUCUAUUGAUGAAAUUGCAAAGAAGGUUGACGCCUUAGUCGAUGAACUUACCAACGAAGAGGUUAAAGCACAGGCGAAAAAAGCCAAAGUCCUUUGUAAAGCAGUAUUCUCCGCUCCAAAACGAAUGAGAAGAGAGCAGCACAAGCAUACUUUUGAAGAAGCUAUGGAAAACUACCUUACUUGGCUGAGUGCUGAUCAAAAAAUCGAGAUGAAAUCAUUACAUGAGGCUGGAGAUAAAGGUGCUUUGUAUGAGAAAAUUAUGGAAAUGUUUGAUGAAGCUACAGGAGAGACAAAGGAGAAAGCUGCAUCCGAACUUAAGAGCGCUUGCAAACAUUAUGUCAGGGAUCUGAUCGGCGAAGGAAAUGCAGAGAAACUUCGAGAACUUAAAGAUAACGGUGCUACAAAUGAUAUGAUCGCUACGAAGGUUGAGGAGAUGAUAGAAGAGAUUGCUGACGGAACGCGAAAGGAACAAGCCGUGCAAGCAUCGCAGUACUGUAAGAAGAUCUACAAUGUGGCACGUCGCAUGAGAAGAGAUAAGCAUGAGCACAACCUUGAAGAAGCUUUAGAGAAGUACUUGACAUGGCUAAAUGCUGAACAAAAGGAAGAAGUAAAGAAAAUUUUUGAAAGCGAAGAUCGUGAUGCGCUAUAUGGAAAAGUCAUGGAAUACUAUGAAAAAGCCAGCGGUGAUGUGAAGGAAAAAGCCACGCUUGAGCUCAAAGCUGCCUGCAAACAUUAUGUAAAAGACUCUAUCGGUGAAGAGAAUGCGAACAAGCUUAAAGAAAUGAAAGAAAGUGGUGCCACGGAUCAAGAGAUUGCGGCAAAAGUAGACGAGUUCAUCAGUGCAAUUACUGACGAAAAGAAGAAGGCACAAGCUGAACGCGCCAACAAAGGAUGUAAGAAGAUUUAUGGGGUAGCUAAGCGCAUGAGAAGAGGUGAGGAGCACCAUCAUGAUCUUGAAGAGGCGUUGAAAAAAUACCUUACAUGGAUGAAUGAUGAACAGAAAGCUGAGGUGAAGAAAACAUUAAAGGGAGGAGAUCGUUUAGCUGCCUACAAACAGGUAAUGGAAUUCUUCAAUGGUGCUAGUGGAGAGACAAAAGAGAAAGCUGCAGUAGAACUCAAAGCCGCUUGCAAACAUUAUGUGAAGGAGUUAAUUGGUGAAGAGAAGUCAGCCAGAAUAAGACAUAUGAAGGAAAGUGGAGCCACGAAUGAGGCCAUUGCCCAGGAGCUGGACGCAAUCAUUUCGCUGAUUCCGAAUGAGAAGAAAAGGCUUCAAGCCCAGCAUGCUGCUGCGGAUUGCAAGAAAAUCUUUGGAGUAGCGAAAAGGCUGAGAAGAGAACAUCAUGAACAUAAUUUGGAAGAAGGUUUCCAGAAAUAUUUAACAUGGCUCACUGAAGAUCAGAAAAGUGAGUUGAGAAAGCUGGACGAAAAGAAAGAUACUGAAGGAAUACGUAAGAAAAUUCUGGAGUAUUUUGAAAGUGCCAGUGGCGACCUCAAAGGCAAAGCUACGGAGGGAUUGAAAGAAGGAUGCAAACAUUACAUCACUUCAUAUAUCGGAAAAGAGAAGGCCGAUGAACUGAAGAAGUUGAAAGAUUCCGGAGCGACCGAUGCGGAUAUGGCUAAGAAAGUCGAUGAAUACAUAGAAACAAUUUCCGAUGAAGAGGUAAAGGAAAAGGCGAAAAAAGCGGCAACUACUUGUCGCAAGGUCUACGGUGUGACAAAAGCACGGCGCCAUCUUGCUGCUAGACGCUUCCGAAAGCCGGUAGCACCUUAUUUGGAAGAUAUUUUAUUUUGA